UCCUCCACCAUUUUCACUUGUGAUCAUGUUUACUUCAGCGGCUAUGUUCUUCAACAGUGCCGAGGAAGCGGUCGAGUUCCAAUGCCCUGUCCAAGAGACCGGGCUCACGGCUACAAUAGAGGAGCUCAUGUCCCUGCUGCAAGAAGGAAACUCAAACUCGAACUCGGGGAGUCCAAACUCCGGUUCCGAGGGCUCGAACGGCCGGGGGGUCUACUCGCUGGAUGAGAGAAAGCGGAGGCGCAUGACGUCGAACCGGGAGUCGGCCAGGCGGUCCAGGUGGAGGAAGAAGAGGCAUUUGGAGGACUUUACGGAGGAGGCGAACCGUUUGAAAAUGGAGAACCGGGAGCUGAAGAACAGGUUGGGCUUGGUUGCUCAGAAGUGUUACGUAACAUGGAGAGAAAAUGAGAGGUUGGAAUCCGAAUCCCUAGCUCUGUGGGCUAGACUUUCGGAUCUGAACCAGGUUUUAGUUGCCAUGCAGACGAUGCGGUCACAAUAUUAAACAAUAUAUAUGAUCUAAAAGUCUAAAAUGGCAACUAAAACUAACGAAACGAGGAUCAAUUAGAGCAGCCUCUCGUGCAUUAAUUUCAGUAGCUAUACCAAAAUUACAGACUUGGUUAAUUAGUGGGGUACAUUUGGCUGCUCUAGCUAGUUAAUCAUAUGGCAUAUAAUCUAGGGUUUAAAGUUCA